AUGCUCUUCAACCCCUUACCAACACCAACACCCACACCCACAACCACACACAACAAACCCCCAAAGCUCUCCAUUGAUCGCACGAUCUCCGACAUCUCCAUGGAGUUCAAGGCACACGAAACACUUAUCAAAGACGACAAAAUUAAUAAUGACGAUAAAGAUAAUAAUCGAGAUAUGGAGGUGUUGCCGGCCAUAUCGGAGGUCGAAGAUGCUGAGUGCGAGUGCUGCGGAAUGUCGGAAGAGUGCACGCCCGAGUACGUGAGAAGGGUUCGUGAGAAGAACUGCGGGCGGAUGGUGUGCGGGCUGUGCUCGGAGGCCGUCAAGGAAGAAAUGGGGAAAAACGGGGGGAGUCGGGAGGAGGCCGUGCGGGCCCACGUCAGAGCCUGCGCGGGGUUCAACAGGGUCGGGCGAGCUUUCCCAGUGCUGUGCCAGGCGGAGGCCAUGCGGGAGAUCCUUCGCAACAGCCGGGCCAAGUCCCUUAGUCCCCGGGACAGAGGGGGCACUAGUAAUAAUGAUAAAAGUGGAACAAAGUGCGGUAUCUUGAGGAGCUCCAGUUGUAUUCCGGCGAUAUCCAAGGCCCAGGCCCAGAGAGAUUGA